CCACCACCACCCCCUUUCCCCCUUCUUCCUCCUCAUCAACAAGACACAAUGGCAGACGCAGCACCCCGUGGACGUGGUGGAUUCGGCCGUGAUCGCGGUGGACGUGGACGUGGACGUCGUGGACCUCGUCGUGGUGGGAAUGACGAGAAGCAAGAGUGGGUCCCCGUCACCGCCGUCGGCCGUCUCGUCAAGGACGGAAAGGUCAAGAGCAUCGAGGAGCUUUACUUGUUCUCGCUCCCCAUCAAGGAGUACCAGGUCAUCGACCUCCUCCUCCCCAAGCUCAAGGACGAAGUCAUGAAGAUCAUGCCCGUCCAGAAGCAGACCCGUGCCGGUCAGCGUACCCGUUUCAAGGCCUUCGUCGCCGUGGGCGACUUCGAUGGUCACCUGGGUCUGGGUGUCAAGUGCGCCAAGGAAGUCGCGACGGCCAUCCGAGCGGCCAUUAUCCUCGCCAAGCUGAGCGUCAUCCCCGUUCGUCGUGGUUACUGGGGUAACGCUCUCGGUGAGCCGCACACUGUGCCUAUGAAGGUGUCCGGCAAGACGGCCUCGGUCAUGUGCAGGCUGGUCCCCGCCCCCCGCGGUACGGGCAUCGUUGCCGCUCCCGCCUCGAAGCGUAUGCUCCAGCUCGCCGGUAUCCAGGACUGCUACACGCAGAGUCAAGGUAGCACCAGCACCAUGGGCAACUUCAUCAAGGCCACUUUCGAGGCCGUCUCCAAGACGUACGCCAUCCUUACUCCCAACCUCUGGCCGGAGAUCCCCGCCCCCCCUCACCUCUUUGUCGAGCACGCUGCUCACCUUCAGCGCGCCGGCAAGAAGACUGUCGCUUGAGCGCAGGGUCGCGUGUGGUCUCUCUCUCUCCUCUCUCUCUCCUCUCUCGUUCGUGUACACUGUUCCCCCUUCCCCAUUCCCCCCACCUAUACAUUCGUCAAGUCGACGUCAAAUGCGAUGUUCGAUGAGCACCAGCGUUUGCGAGUGUGUGCUCGUGCGUGUACCUGAGCGCGGGCAUGAUCGAGG